AUGUACUCCCGCAGCGCCUACGACGAGACGACCUUUGAUCCUUCGGCCGGAAUACCAGUAACAACAGAGAAUUCCACGCUCUCGCUGUCACACACGGCGGACAUGUCCCGGUAUUCGCCCGGUUAUGGCGUAGGAGAAGGAACUGGCGCAACGUAUAUGCCAGAGCAAUCAAGCUACCCGUCUCUGUUCCAGUCAAACGCCGAGCUUCCUCCCUUCUUCGUAUCCUACCGGUGGUGGGAGGAUGAGGCCACCACGGUCCUCUGGGCGUUUGACGGGCAGGAGAUCAAGCGCGUGAUCCGUUACGGACUCUUUCGCGACCCCAAUCUUCCGCGCACCUCCUUGCAGAGUCGCAAUGCAACCACCGUCGAUAGUUUCCUGCUUUCCCUGCUCGAGCCGCACGAGCGAAUGUACCUUGCCAAUCUCUCCCACAUACAGAAGGUGGAGGAAAUCCUCCGCCGGUCCAAGGUCAAUGGUCCGCCUCUAGUACCCUGGAGUUGGUUCCCGUCGCAAAAGGAUCGAGAUCGAGAUCCUCACGCGCUGGCAGAAGCCAUUGAUACCGAGAGUCAUCUUCAGUUCAAGCAGAUCAGGUUCGAAGAGCUCGUCCGCUAUUCGUUGAGCUACCCAGUUGCCUCUGUCGAGUGGUUCUUGCAACAACACACGGCCUUCUAUAUCCAUCUGCUUAACUACCUACAUGCGUUCCCCGAACAGAUCGCUAGGUAUGUAGAGGUUGAGAAGCAUCUUCGGGGUCGAAGCCCCUUUGCCUACCGUGCCCUAGUUCAUUGUUUACUCUCCAUAGAGCCUAAAAACAAUCUCAACAUACCGUUACCACCGAGUGAUGUACCGGCGUUUGGAUUCAUAGCGGCUCCCAUCCAGAACCUGUUUCAAGUCUCUCCUCCCAGUCUCAAUAACAUCCUCAAGGUACUCUCGGCCCUAGCGGUACGCUUUGAGCAAGCGUAUGUGCAUGUUCGGGAAAUGAACUGGGACCAGCCAUUCAAUACGGCUGUAUGCUUUUUGGACGAUCUAUUGGCGUCGACAUCGGCCUCUGACUUUGCCCGAACCUUGACCAACAUCGAUGAAGGCCACUUCUCGCAGCUGACACCCCAGGAUAUGAUCGAGGACAGUCCGAUGGUUGCACAGCUAGCUGAAGAAUGGGAGCUACUCAGCACAGCAACAUGGGAAUGCUGUACAGCCCUGCCGGAUCUGAUACCCUAUAUACAAGAAUGUGUCGAGGCUCUUUUUGUCAUUCGCAAUUACCAUUCUUUCACGGCGGUCCUACACGGUCUCCAAAAAUACAGCAUCACAGAUCUCACUUUUACCAACACCAACGCCGCCGCCAGUGCGGUUGCUUUGAAUCCCGUGCUGCUCCCUAAUUUGCUGUUUCUGCUGAGCCCGCUUCACAAUUACGUGGCAUAUCGUCGGCAGUUCCAAGAAUUCCCGGGCAUCCCGUUUCUCUUCCCGCAUCUUCGGGAUAUUCAACAGCGUGGAGAACCGGCGUUACUCCAGUUCUUCCAGACGAUGCAGGUUCGUGUAGGUUAA